AUGUCUUUGGUCAACCUCGCCCACGUCUGCUCGCACAUGCAGAACGCAUCUCUUGCCCGCCUUGGAGUUACGUCAAUCCCUCUUUCUCGCAUGCACCUCUCGCUGUCUCUCCUCCUCCAAAAGCAAGGCUUCCUCUCAUCCGUCACCCUCGGCGGCCCCACACCACCCGCAAAACUGCUGCCACCAGCACACCUUGAGGAAGUCACACAACAAAAUCGCGCAACAAGAAGGCUAUGGCUUGGCAUGAAGUACUGGGACGGCGAACCCGUGUUGAGAAAGAUGAAGUUGUUGUCAAAGCCCACAAAGCGUAUCUGGUUGAGCAGCAACGAGUUGGGAGAGAUUGUUAGAGGCAAAGACUGCAAGUUCAUCAGAGGGCUGAGACAGGUUGGAGAGUGCAUUUUCGUCAGCACUGACAAGGGCAUCAUGGAGGCACGAGAGUGUGUCGAGAGAAAGAUCGGCGGUCAGGUCCUUUGCCGCGUCUGGUAA